ACUCCAAACUGUUUGGCUUCAGUCGCAUGAAUCGUUCGGAUGUUGAGAUGACCAAAGAACAGCCAAUUCGGCAACAAGACUCUGAUGGUAGUGGAUCUGUAGUAUCUUUGCAGUCUUCUUCUGAUGAUGGCAGAUAUGUGGCAGGGAUGACUGGAAGAGAACCUCUUUAUGAUGAAACAGUUCUGCCAGGAGGUCAUUUCGGUCAAGGUGAAGAGGUCGGAGUUCAAAGGAAGGCUGCCAGCCAAACAAAUGAUGGCACGCAUCGGCAAACAAUUAAAAAAUUUCAACAAAGACUACACACGGAUCGAACAGAAAAUACUUUAGAUGAGAUUAUAAACAGUUUGAAAAAUCCGAGUGGUAUCACGGGCUCAUCAAGUCCUGAAAUUCACAAUGAUACUUCAUCAGCUGGCAGCAAAGCAUUCCCAUCCAUACAGUCUUACAAUGGUGGUUUAGGAUGGAAAUCCUCUCCCCUACUAAUGAGUGGUCACCAAGGUGAUGAUACCGAAAAACACACUCGGCAGCUGAAAGAUAUAACAAGCCAUUUUGAAGCAGAAAUAGACAAGAUUUGUGAACAACUUAAUGAAGUAGGAGACAACUUGAAAACUCUUCACCAUGCACUGCCUGUCAAAAUGCUUGAAGCUGCAAACCACAAACUACAGGCCAGGUGCAAUGUUUUAGAAAAAACGUGUGAGCAAAUGAAUAACAAGUCAAUAAGAUUGGAACAGGCAAACCAUGAUCUUGACAGUAGCUGUGGACAACUGAGGCAAAUAAACCAAAAUUUUGAAGUGCGCUGUUUGUAUCUGGAAGAAGUCAACAAGUCAAGUGAAAGUGAGAAAUCUCAGCUGCGUGAGAAUAUUGGAGAUCUUGAGACGAAGGUUACAGAACUUGCUAAGUGUAAUGAAAAGGCAAUAUCGGCAUGCCGUCACCUUGAAGAAAUAAACCAGAAGACUUCAAAUAAAAAUCAGGCAAUUGAAGACUCAAAGGCACUUUUGGAGUCGAGAUACAAAUCUUGUGUGACUGAUAAUCAAAAGUUGGAGGUGCAAAUUGGGCAGUAUCAAAAAGCUCUUGAGGAAUGCAAAAGAAAACUUGGAGAUUUUGAAGAGACAAUUGUGACAUCAAAAAGAGAAAAGGAAACCCUUACUAUGAAGCUGGAAUCAGUACAGAAGUUGAACAUGCAAGUCAAACAGAAAUAUGAUGAUCUUAAGUCAAUGUGCACUGCAAAGGAUGAGUUGAUUAAUAGGCUGGAAAAUGAAAUGAAAGAACUGUCACUGUUUGUGGAAAAAGCUAUCAAGGAAAAGAUGGAAUCUGAAGCAAGCAGUAAAAAAGACAAGGACCUCCUUCAAAGGAUGUUGGUGGAGUAUGAUGUUUUAGCCAGAGAUUACCAAGAAGCUAGAGGUGCUUCCAAAGCAAUGCGAGAUAAACUGGAAUUGUCCCAAUGUGAAAUGGAAAGCCUCAGAGAAACUAUUUUAAAACUAGUUUCUAGAAAUAACCUGUUGGAUGAUCAGGCAAUGGAACUUGUGUUUCAAGAUAAAAGUCAUGUACAAACACCCAGCACUAAAAGCAGACCAUUCAUUGGAAGAAAGACUUGGGAACAGUCAACUCCUUCAAAGAAACGACAGCAAGCUGUUUACCAAUGGACUUCUUACCCUGGCUCAUAUCUAGCAAGAGACCACACAAGCUCAGACAUGACAAGCUGUCAAUCACAUGCCAGUGCUCUAACCACACCAUUACCAGGUGCAGUGAAAGUAGCAACUCCUUUUGCAAGAAAACAGGAUCCAUUAACUAGUGGCGUUACAUUGUCCACUGCGACCAGCCAAAGCAAGAAGAACCAGGCUAAAGGUCUUGUUUCCAAAGAGAGUCCAGACACUGUAGAGUCAGGCCCUUAAACCUCACCACCAGGAAUGGUAGUUAAGAAAACAGACCUAUUAACAAGGUUUGAUGUUGUGUUUGAAGACAGUCAGUCUGGUGAGGAGAUGAUUCGUACCCACACUGGACGAACCCGACGUCUAUACGGU